AUGUCUUCGCAUUCUAUAUCAGAGACGCCUGAGAAGGGCCAGGCCGAAGUCACUGCUUCGACGGCCUCCCCUUCUCUCACUGGAACAGCCGAAGGCGAAUCGCCGACUCCCAAAUAUGACGCUGAGUUUGAGAAGCGCGUCAUGCGAAAGGUCGACCUCUGGUUGGUCGGCUUCUACUCUAUCGUCUAUAUCUUCCGUGUCAUCGACUCUGGCAACUACGCCAAUGCGGCGAUUAUCAACCUCGAGGAAGGUAACGGUAUCAAAGCAGAGCUCGGAUUCAGCCCAUCGCAGUGGUCCUGGUCCCAGUCUAUUUUCUCCUACAGCUAUCUAUUCUUUGAACCGACAAACACCGUCCUGCUCAAACGCUUCACGCCGUCUAAAUGGAUGUUUAUCCUCAUCCUCGCCUGGGGCGUCUGCGCAACCAGCUCCGGCGCAACGCAGAACUUCCCCGGCAUGAUGUGCGCUCGUUUCGCAAUCGGUCUGGCAGAGGCAGGCUUCUACCCCUCUGUCCUGUAUCACUACGCAUUUUGGUACAAACCCUCCGAGAUGCCCUGGCGGAUCGCCGUGUUUUACUCCGUCGGCCAGCUAUCCAGUGCCCUUAGCGGUCUGCUCGCCUACGCAAUCAGUUUCAUGAAUCGCCUCGGCGGUCUCUCUGGCUGGCGCUGGCUGUUUAUCCUCGAGGGCCUGCCUGCGAUUAUUCUCGCUUUCGUGGCCCUCUUCGUCCCUGAUUAUCCUGAGACUGCAAAGAUGCUUACCCCUGAAGAAAGGGAGUUUCUCUCCCAUCGUCUUGCGAAGAAUGCGCCCUCGGGGACGGAUGCGCAUUGGAGCUGGCGGAAUUUCAAAGAGCUGUUUCGCAGUCCGACUGUGUAUACCUUUUCUAUCUACUGGAUUGGUCAUGGGAUUGGUGGGUUCGGGGUGAAUUAUGCCCUGCCUACGGUGAUUUAUGAGCUUGGGUUCUCGGAUACGGCGAAUUCGCAGCUGAUGAAUAUUCCGCCGUAUGUCGCCUGUUUCUUGUUCCUCAAUACAGUCGGGCAUUGUCUGCAUAAGAAGUGGAUUCGGCCCUGGACGACUGCUGUUGCCAUCGAAAGCACGAUAAUAAUCUGCUACAUAAUCCUAAUCACGGUCCCCAACGCGGUCGUAAAAUACCUCGCCCUGAUAGUAGCGACGGCCUGCGCGGGAUCCGCAUACCCCGUCAUCUGGCCCGAGCGGAUCCGCGCGCUGGACGGCACAGUUGCCGCAGGAAUUGGUAUUGGGCUCACGAAUGCAAUGGCGCAGUUUAGUGGGAUUGCCGGGCCGCAUAUUUAUAGCACGACUUUUGGGCCGACGUACCGCGUGUCGUAUAUCAUUUGUUUGAGCUUUUUGGUGCUUGCGAUUAGUGGGGUUUUGGUUUCUUGGUGGUUGGUUUGGAGGAAGGAUAAGAGGGUGGCUUUGGAGAGAGAAAGUGGUCUUCCACAGGAUGAGAAGCAUAAGCUGGGCGAGGCUAAAGUAUAG